AUGAGGCCAGAAUGCCUUUUGGCUUUGGAAGUGGAUCCGGGCGAGGCUCUGGUGGAGGAGGCUCUUCGGGGGAAGAAAGAGGGGAAGGAGAAGAGGGUGGUGAAAGGGGAGAAGGGGGGGAGAGAGAAGAAGGUCGAGAAGGUGAAGAAGGCAGAGAUGGUAGAGGUGGCUCUGGCGGCGGUGACGGUCGUGGAGGUGCUGGCUCAGGAAGUGCGGGCUCUGGGGGAGCUGGUGCCGGUGGAGCUGGAGCUGGCGGCGGCGGUGGCCUCGGGGGUGCCGGUGGGGCUGGCACUGGGGGAGCUGGCGGUGGAGGAGCAGGUGCAGGUGGUGCUGGCACAGGAGGAGAAUCUUCUGGCGGUGCCGGAGGUGAAAAUGGCCAAGAAAACGGGCUUCAAAACGGGGCUGGUAGUGGUCAGGCUGGAGGCCAAAACCAAGGAGGCCUUGGAGGAGGUGCCCUUGGAGGCGGCGGAAAUGGAGGUCAAGGUCAAGGCGGGGGUGCUGGUGGCCAACAGCAAGGCGGUCCCCUGGGAGGUGCCCUCGGAGGCGGCGGCGCUGGAGGUCAGGGAGGACAACAAGGUGGCUUUGGAGGUGGUGCUGAAGGUGGAGGCUUAG